CCUCAAGAAGUUUGAACACCUGGACCCGCAGAACCAGCACACAUUUGAGGCUCGGGACCUAGAGUUGCUGAUCCAGAUGGCCACCCGAGACCUUGCCCAGUAUGAUGCUGCACAUCAUGAAGAGUUCAAACGCUACGAGAUGCUCAAGGAACAUGAGCGAAGACGUUACCUGGAAUCUCUGGGAGAGGAACAGCGGAAGGAGGCUGAGAGGAAGCUACAAGAGCAACAGCGCAGACACCGGGAACACCCCAAAGUAAAUGUCCCCUGCAGCCAAGCCCAAUUGAAGGAGGUAUGGGAGGAGCUGGAUGGAUUGGACCCUAAUAGAUUCAACCCCAAGACCUUCUUCAUACUACAUGACAUCAACAGCGAUGGUGUCCUAGAUGAGCAAGAGCUGGAAGCUCUCUUCACCAAGGAGUUGGAGAAGGUUUACGACCCAAAGAAUGAGGAGGACGACAUGAGAGAGAUGGAGGAGGAGAGGCUGCGUAUGAGGGAGCACGUGAUGAAGAAUGUGGACACCAACCAGGACCGUCUUGUGACCCUGGAGGAGUUAUUUUGA